AUAUUCUUGAAAAGCAAUGGACCAAGAACAAUCCCCACAUAGCCCAACCGGCCAUAGUCGCUCACCACCAUCAUCCGCCUCCGGUUCCACCUCAGCAGAGCCGGUUCGAUCACGAUGGUCACCUAAACCGGAACAAAUACUCAUUCUUGAAUCGAUCUUCAACAGUGGGAUGGUUAACCCUCCAAAAGAAGAGACGGUAAGGAUUCGAAAGAUGCUCGAGAAAUUUGGCGCUGUGGGAGAUGCAAAUGUCUUCUAUUGGUUUCAAAACCGGCGUUCAAGAUCCCGCCGGAGGCAGAGACAGCUCCAGGCCGCAGCUGCAGCAGCGGCCGCAACCACCAACACUUGUGACCAGACCAUGAUGGUGAGCAACGGCUUAGCACAUCAUAGUGGGAGUGAUUUGGGGUUUGGAGGAUGUAGCACUUCUUCUAAUUACUUAUUUGGUGGGUCAUCCCAAGUUCCUUCCUUUUACCUUGGUCUCUCUUCUUCUCCUCCUUCUUGUUCAAGCUCCUAUUCCACUUCUUCUUCAGCUAGCUCUUCCUCUUCUUCUUAUGGUGGUGGUGGUGGAUGUGAUAAUCAAAGCAGUAGUGGCAUGGAGAAUCUCUUAACAAUGUCUGGCCAAAUGGGUUACCAUGAAGCUAAUCAUCAUCAUUAUCAACAUCAAAGCUCAAAUGUCGCGUCGAUUUUGUGUCCACCUGAUCAAAACUCCAGUUUUCACUACCAACAAGGGGGGAUUAUAACGGUGUUUAUAAACGGAGUUCCGACAGAAGUAACGAGAGGAGGAAUAGACAUGAAAGCAACGUUUGGAGAUGAUUUGGUUUUGGUGCAUUCCUCAGGUGUUCCUCUCCCAACUGAUGAGUUCGGUUUUUUGAUGCAUACCUUACAACACGGUGAAUCUUAUUUCCUGGUUCCAAGAUAGACAUGAACUGGCUUUUACUCUUAUGUGGUGGUGAUGCAACAGAUGCCUUGUUUUUCUACCUUAAGACUUUAUUGCAACGUUCCAUCCAUUUUUUUCCUUUUUCCUUUUUUUUUUUGUUGAGUCUAUCGUGUAAUCAAAGUUUCUUCUGUUGUUUUACAUUUUGUAAUUUACUUCCAAAAAAAUUAAGAUGAAGUCAAUAGCUCUUCUAAGACGAAGAGAUGUAUUUUGUAAGAUUAUCAAUUUAGUUAUUUAGAUGUAAAAUAUA